ACUUGCAUUUCUUUUCCUGCAAAACUUCUGCGAGAAGCUUCAUUGUGCAUUUUCCGUUCGUGAACUGCGGUAACAACUGGGGAUCUCUACAUCAAAUCUUUCGAAACCGAAAUCAGGUAUUUUACACGAAUCUCUGAUUUCAAGUUAAUCGAAGUGUUCCUCUCCUUUCUCCCUUUCUGUGGUUGGUUUAGAAUCCUUUGGAGGAAGUUAGGGUCGGAGGCGAGAGGGGUUUUGAAUGUGGAGACCGGGGUUGUGGAUUUUUUUUUUUUUUUUUUUUUAAAUCCUAACUUAUUCCUCCCCCCUACUUGGUGCAGAGUUUGAGAAAAUGUCAUAAAAAAGAACACAAAGUAUAGUAGGGAGUGAGGUGGAGCCCCUGGACUAUGGGGGCAUGGACAGUGAGAGUAGUCCGUCCCCGUCUAGUUCGGAGAAAACGGUGGAGGGGGUGAGAGGAGAUGAGAUGGUGGAAGUUGAGGAAGGAGACGUGGUAGAGGUGGGGUAUAAUGAGGGAGGAGGGGUUGAGGUAGAUAGCAUACCCAUCACCGUAGUAGAAGUAGAAAGUAAUGGGGAGAGAGGUUAUGAUAGGAAUGCAGAGAUAGUGGAAGAAGUGAAGCAGUACCGAUCUGAACUAAGGAACAGGGAGGACCUGUGUCACUUAGUGGAAACGUACGAGAUCUCUUCUCGGGUAUUAGUUAGGCCAGCUAGGGUAGAGGAGAGGGCAUGUUCUGCUCCUCGGGAUCAUUGGAUGCCCGUAUACUCCCAUUAUUUGUAUGCUGGGCUUAAGUUUCCAAUUCCCGAGUUGCUAAUAGGUUUAUUGUUAGAUUACAACAUAGGGUUGACACAGUUGGUCCCCAACGCAAUGAGGGGGGGUAGCAGGAGAGAUAAGGGGUGGUAUUAUUUCACCCCGAGGGUAGCUAAUAAGGAGGGUAGGAUUUUAUUCACUACGGGUCCUUCAUCCAUUAAGGGAUGGAAGGAGAAAUUCUUUUUUGUUGAUGACACGGAAUGGGGGAAAGGGGAUGCCGAGGUGAGGGCGUUAGUCUCUUGGAAGGCCAAAAGGGCCAACCAGAAUAGGUUUAGUUUGAAUGGGGACGAAGAGGAAGAAGUGGGGAGGUUGGUGAGGAAGAGGGGGGAUGUACUAAAUAUUAUGGACCUCACUAGCGUAGCAUGCAUAGAGGCUGCUGAGCUCUAUGGGCCAAGCGCUUUGAGUGAAGCUGACAUGGAACAGUUUCUGAAUACUGCUGGAGGGAAAGCCAUCCCCAAGAAGCCAAGGAAGAAGUCAAGGACUUCAGCUAAGCAAGUGGAUGAGGGGAGAGCUGGGAAGGAGGUAGUGCCCUUAGCACCAGCUGAGGUGGAGGAAGAGGUGCCAGCACUGAAGAGGAAGGGUUGGGAGGAGAAGAGGGCGCUGCAGAAGAAGCAGAAGGUGGUGGAGGAAGAAGGGAGUGGGGUGCCUGAGUUCGUACCUCAGCCACCUCCUGUUGAGCUGGACCCCGAGCUCAGACAGUUGGAGGAGGGGGCUGAGAUACGAGCUCCUGGUAAGGGGAAGGGCCCUGUUACCUCGGCGGUGUCUCAGAGCAGCCUGUUCGAGGCGAAGAACAUGAUGGGGGCUAGGUGGUUUAUCAACAACACCUUCCCCGAAGUGGACAAACGCCACGCGCGAGAGAAGGCUCUGAGGUACGGAGGAGCUUCUGUGGUGAAGCACGUCCUUGAGAGCGCGAGCUGGGUGAAUGGUCUAGCCCAGGAGUUCAGGGAGGGUGUAAAGGCACGCGCACUCUUGCAGAGGCAGUGUGACCAGCUGCAGAAGGAGAAGGAAGAGCUGGAGAAGAAGAAUAAGGAGAUGCAAGAGUCUCUAAACGAGGUGGUUCCAGCUAUGAAGCAGUUGGAGCAGGAGAGGUCUUCCCUGAGCACCAAGCUCGUCUUUGAGGAGAGCAAACGAAGGAUCUCUGAAAGCGAGCGUGAGGCUCAGGCGCAAGAAAUAAGGCUGAUGACGGAGGCAUUCAAGGAGCUGAAAGGGAACAUGCAGAAGUUGGUGCAUAAUGGAAUGAAGGAGCACAUCAGCAACUUCAUCAGUUCCAGCUCGUUUGACAGCAUCGUCAACUUGUACCGGCUGCCCACUGCCAUCAUCGCGUUCACGGAUUGCAGAAAGAAGGUGAAAGCUGCAUAUCCCGAAGUGGACGUGACAAGGAUCACCUUCGGCGAGCAAGAAGAAGGAGUGGAGGAAGACGGUCAGAGCAUAAUUCGACUUCGAGUUGUGGCAGUGGAGGAAGAAGGGGCAGAGGUAGGAGGAGACGAAGUGGAGGCAAGAGUGGAAGGAACUGAAGUGGAUGAGAGGCAACUAGUUCCAGAAGUAGAGAUCCACUCAGUUCCUUCUGACGAUGAGCAGCCUCCACUGCCAGAUGAUCAGCAGCCAACACAACCACCUCUUCCGGCUGAACAGGAGCCAGUGGAACCAACUCCACCAGCAGAGAAAUAAUUUUUUGCUUAUGAAUUUUUGUAGAAACAUUAAACAAUUUGUAAAACUGUUAUUGCUGUUAAAUGAAAAUUCGAUUUUGAAAUUAUAUUAUUUGUUUAUGUUUGCUUUAUAUGUUUAUUGUUAUUUAUGAAUUAAAGAGCUGUGAAUACU